GCUACAUGUACUAGACUAGCCAGGUCUCAACGGAGCUUGAAGGCCCGAGGCAACCAACUAUUCAAUGAUGAAGGUGGUUUAUUGAUUAUCUACGGAAGCUAGCGAGUAUUCAAUCAUUCGCAACCCUCCUGUAUUGCAUGUUUGCUCAUCAUGAGAGCUCUAUUGUGCAGCUUUUCACACCAUUCCAUUGCCAUUGGGAGCGAGGCAGAUGAAAGCGACGACGACGACGACGACGACGACGACGAGAAUUCAUUGGCCAAGACAACCGAGGAGGGCCUGGUGCAGAUGCUGAUGAUGAGAUGAUACCCCAUGAUUUGGAAACAGAAAUCACCACAAACAACAAUCCGAGUCACCGGAUAACCAGGUUGAUCGCAAGGGAUAGUUGACGCUCGAAAGUUUCUGACUACGUUGUCAUUUGACAUGCUGGUUGUCCCUUCCACAAAAAGGUCAGUUCACAGUCUUCUGGCUUCUGCCAUUGCAGCAAGCAGAGCAGAAAAGAAGGAAUGAAUCGAACUGAACUAAAGCGGAACUCCAUACUAUCAACGAAGGACUAGUUUAAAUACCGGUACCGGUACCGGUACCACCAAACACCAUUUGAGUACUACAUGUAGUAUCAACAUGAGCAUGAAUUCUCUACUUCUUCUUCUUCUGCUUGUCACAUCCUCUGUGGCCUUCUAGCAGUCACUCCCAUUAUUCGAUUGUGUGGCGUUUGUCAACAUGGUGGUCCUCUGCAUUUAAGACCACCACUUCCAAAAUUCAGUGAUAAAGGUGGUGAUCUGAACACAAGGGUGACUCGCAUUGAGGAGCGGGAGAAAAUUUUAUGAGUACUGAACAUUGGAACGGAUUGAAGCAAGGAUGGAAGCAGGGAGCGAUGAAGGAGGUCACUGAGCAGAUCAAGGACUUGGACAAGAAGUUCACUGAGCAGAUCAAGGAGGUCAAGAAAGAGAUCAAGCAUGUGGACAAGAAGCUUUGCCGUUUGGGCGAGAAGCUCAAUGGUGUGGUCGUGUGGUUGGCAGUCUUUACGGCUGUCAUGGGGAUGGCCAAACUUGGAGAUAUUGUAGCCUUGUUCAAGUGACUUGUAAGAAAAUGAAUUAUAUUACUA